CGCGACACCAGAGCCCGUCACCAGCGCAUGAGUCGCGUCGCAGGACAGAGCAUCCGGGAGUCGCUACAUACCUACCUGACCUUACCGUUCCUCACACACCUUCACGCCCACACCGCCGCACACGCCCACGAUGAGCAACUCGCCUGCGCAGCCGCCAUCGGGGCCCAACUCGGUCACGCCCACGGCCGGCGGUCCUGUGGCUCCCAUUGUGCGCAAGCGACCCGCCGUCAACAUCUUUAACACUUCAUCCAAGAAGAAACCGAUCAAGAAACCAGCUGCAGUCGGAAAGCGACCUACGCCUGCGCCCGCAACAAAGACAUCACAGAGCUCUAAUGGGCAACAGCAGCCCACCCAGGGCACCACGCACAAUAUGCCUCAAUCGGCUGCGCCGAGCAAUGAGCCAGACCCGAGCACAUACAGCGAAUUUCCCAUUGUGAUUACGAAGAGCCAACUCAGUAAAGGGCUGCGGUACCACGCGAUGAAAUUGCAGAGUCGGGCGGGUGACGAUGGUCAGCCGAUCGAAGUAAACCCCUACGAUCAGCAGCAGUUUCCACGACCAGCUCGCUUACAUCGUCGAUUUGCACGAGAUCGGAUGGCAUCUUUAGAGCCGACAGAAGCCGUAUCUGGCCCCGACGACAAGGAGCGCGAGCAGAUGAACGCACGCCGUGCUGAGCGCCAAGCUGAGCGCGAAGAGAAUCAGAAGCUGAUUGCCCCGACUGGAGGUGAAUCAAACAAGCCACAACAGAAGAAGAAGAUGCAGAAAAAGGUUGAGGAGGGUAGAGAUGAGAGCAACCCUAUUCGCCAAAAGCGCUCGCAGCUUCGCUACGAAGAAGCGCGGCCAUGGCAUCUUGAGGAUUACGAGGCCAAGAACGUCUGGGUGGGGAGUUACGAAGAAGCGCUCUCUGCGCGGAGUAUUAUGCUCGUCGUUAGUAAUGAAGGGACGUUCGAGAUGGUUCCUAUCGAGAAGUGGUACAGGUUCCAGCAGACGAACAAAGUCAAUGUAAUGACAUCGGACGAGGUGGAGAAAUUCAUGUUGUUGAAGCAUGCACCUGGGCGAUGGGCCCUCGGAACUCACAAGGCUGGCGAGCAGCAGCGCGCAGAUGAUCGGCAUUCACGAGUCGCGGCCCUCAGAGCUUCUCGUGACGACGAUGAUGAUCGAAAGCGAGAUUCCACUGGGGAUUUCGAUGCCGAUCGAGACAUGCUGGAUCUUGAUGUCAAGGACGAGUUCCAGGACGAUGACGAGGGCAUGCUAUUUCAGGGCGAAGAUGGUGAGGAUGGCGACGAGAUUGAGCGCCGCAUCUAUUUGGAAAUGCGUGACGCAGGAUUGGGUGGCACGGGGGUGAAGAACGAAGAUCAGGAUGUGGAAGCAGAACAUCAUCGCGAGCAGCUGGAACGAUUGGAAGAGAAGAAGAAACAGAAGAAGCUGCGAAAGCAGCUCAGGAAAAGAGAGCACCAGGGCCAGUACAGCGAUGAUUCUGAUAGUGACCCUUACGCAGAGUCGAGUGAUUCCAUGGACUCCGAGGAGGAAGCUGAAGAGGAGCGCAAGAAAGCUGAAGAGGCCAAGAAAGCCGAAGAAGCUAAGAAGACCAUUUCGAACGGCGAUAAGUCCGGUACAUCUACAAAGGCAACCAAUGCUCCUACUGGAAGACCGGAGCAGCGCGAUCCCUCGCGACUCGGUGCGAGUUUGAAACGACCUGGCUCGCCCGACGCCUCAGACCUUAGUGGCAACGAGUCAAGUCGGAAGAAGGUCAAGAGCAUCAACGGACGUCCAGUAUCCGCAACGCCAAGUGUCGCACGAGGAGCUUCUUCCACUAAUGUGCCCAAGACGAAGGCUUCACGAGCUGGUGGUUCAGGCUCCGGUAGCGACACCGACACCUCUCGCACGGGUCGUGUCAAGCUCAAAUUGAAGAACAGCCCAACUGGCUCACCUGCAGCCGCUACUCCGAACGGCUCACGGCCUGGCUCUCCUACUGCUAGUGGCACCGCGACGCCAAUCGGUGGCACAUCCUUCCCGACACUGGAGGAGGUCCGCGCUGCAAUUCCUGCUGCUGGUAUAGCCAUGAAAGCCUUGGUGGCCAAGUUCAAGAGCAGGGUCGGAACUCGAACUGCCGAAUUCAUCCAGCUUGUUAAGAAAGCAGGCCAGCUUUCCAAGGACCCAGCAAAGGUUGGCCUGAUCGAGCUCAAGCCUGGCGUUUAGAAGGCGCACGCACCAAUGCCGACAUUAGACGAAAUUCGUGCUGCAAUUCCUGCUGCCGGCAUACCCAUGAAGGCGUUGGUAGGCAUGUUUUCGAGCCGGGUUGGCCGCCGGACUGUCGAGUUCAUUCGGCUUGUCCAGAAAGUAGGCCAGCUUUUUAAGCGUGGACAGGUCGGGCUCAGGCCUAGCCCUAAUUUGGCGCAGCACCACAUCUUACACGGGCCGGCGCUACAUUCUUGGGUCAUGCCAAAUAUCCAGGACUGAUUGGGCGUGGACUGAGCUGAUAUACAGACGGAUCUGUUUAAUUCUCACUUCGAGUGAGGUCCGCAUUCACCAGACGUAUAAGAAUGAGCACACUAUGAUGACGCAGUGUUUCCAUGCUUCUUAGGCAUUGAUUGCAUUCACUAGCAUAUCCUAUCAGAUAGUGAAGUACAAGCUCUGGCGUAGAGGUGCUCAGCAUGUAUCGAACUAUGCAAAUGCCCCAGAAAAGACGCAGCAGAGGAUAUCAGAUACGAAACAUGUAGAGCCGAGUGCAUUCUCGUGGACGAAGUAAUACCACUGACGUGGUGGUAUAUGCUACUUAUGUGGAAAUUGUCCUGGUCAGCAUCGAGGCCUCACUGUCGUUGAUCCUGACUUAUAGGUGUAAGUAGACCAUCCACUCGAAGCGUAGAUUGCUACAUACGAGAAAGAAUC